AUGGCCGAGUUCAAGCUUUCAGCGCAGCUUCUUGGCCACGAGGCUGACGUGCGCGCUGUCAGCUUCCCUUCUCCCGACUUUGCCCUGUCUGCCUCUCGAGACUGCACCGUCAGAAUAUGGAAGCGAACAUCGACAAGCCCCCCAAACUUUGAAGGCAGCCUCGUCAGCCGUGGCUCUGAAUAUGUCAACAGCUUGGCCUUCUUCCCGCCGAAUCAAGAUCACCCCAAUGGCUUCGUCGUCUCUGGAGGCAAAGACACCAUCAUUGAAGUUAAAUCACCCAACGCGGCGGCCACCGAUAAUGCCGAGAGGCUCCUCAUUGGACAUGCUCACAAUGUCUGCACUCUUGACGUCUCGCCCAAAGGAACGUACCUCGUUUCAGGAGGCUGGGACGGUCAGGCCCGCGUGUGGAACCUUAGCAAGUGGGAGACUGAACUCCAGCUUGGUGGCCAUGAAGGCAUGGCGGUUUGGAGCGUUGUAGCGUUCGAUGAGACCACAGUCGUGACGGGAUGUGCGGAUAAGAGCAUUCGAGUGUUUGACCUCAGGCAGUCAACAGGCGGCGAGGCUAUGCCUGUGGCUACCAUAUAUACCCCCGACGUUGUUCGGGCUCUGUGCAAGGUCCCCAAGGGACAUCCCAGUGGCGCAGACAUUGCCAGUGCAAGCAACGAUGGCACCUUGCGGCUGUGGAAACUCAAUGGCCAGCAGGUUAGCGAGUUGCACGGCCACGAGAGCUUCGUGUACAGCCUCGCAGGCUUGCCCUCUGGAGAACUUGUCAGCACUGGAGAGGACCGAACGGUCAGGAUAUGGAGAGGAUCUGAGUGCGUUCAGACCAUCACCCACCCUGCUAUAUCUGUCUGGACAGUUGCUGUCAACCAAGAGACUGGAGACAUCAUCACGGGAGCGAGUGACGGCAUUGCACGCAUCUUCACCCGGCGUCCAGAAGCCACAGCCGAUGAGGCCACUCUCAAGGAGUUCCAUGACUCUGUUAAAGCAUCAGCCAUUCCCCAGCAACAGGUUGGUGGCAUCAACAAAGAGAAGCUGCCUGGCCCUGAGUUCCUGACCUCCAAGGCAGGGACCAAGGAGGGUCAAGUGCAGAUGAUUAAAGAAAGCAAUGGCAACGUCACAGCGCACACCUGGUCCAUGGCUCAGCAGCAAUGGAUCAACGUGGGCACCGUCGUGGAUGCAGUUGGCAGCACGGGCAAGAAGGUCGAAUACAACGGAAAGUCGUACGACUAUGUAUUCGACGUCGACAUUGAGGAUGGAAAGCCGGCGCUUAAGCUUCCCUAUAACCUAUCUGAGAACCCUUACGAGCGAGCUACCAAGUUCCUCAACGACAACGAGCUGCCUCUGUCAUACCUUGACAACGUUGCCAACUUCAUUACCGAAAACACCAAAGGAGCCACUCUUGGCCAGCCUGAGCCUUCUUCCGGGCCUGAUCCUUAUGGAACCGAGUCGCGUUACCGCCCAGGCGAAUCGCAAGCUGCAAAGGUAUUACCGCAAAAGGAAUACCUUAGCAUAUCUGCAGCAAAGUACGAGGCUAUUCUUAACAAAAUUGGCAACGUUAAUAAGACUAUGGUGGCGUCUGGCCGCAAAGACGUGGCUCUUAACCCUGGAGAGGAGAGUGUCCUGCACUCGUCCAAAGAAGCACUGGAUUCGUCAAAGCCCAUCUCGCUUCCAACCUUGAACGUGAUUCUCAAGGUUGUUACCGAGUGGCCAUACGCUGAUCGACUGGCUGGUCUUGAUCUACUCCGCUGUGUGGCUAGAUUCCCUAUCGCAGCACAAUUUAAAGGCCCAGGAAACGAAACCCUUAUAGAUAUAGCCACAGCAUCGGCCAUUCCUGAUGACUUCCCCCCCAAUGAUAACGCGGCCAUGAUGGGCGCUCGAACACUUGCCAAUCUAUUUGGCUCAGCCGAUGGCCGAAGCCUGGCGAAGUCUCAAGCAGAUAAGGGUAUUUCAUUCUUGGAGCGCAUAGUAGGAAUCAAGGGUGGAGAGCCGAUUGGCAAGUUUAAUCGAAAUGUGCUGGUUGCGGUGACAACCGUGGCUGUCAACUACUCUGUUCUUGUUAAUAAGGAGAAGCUGCUGAGUCCCGAUCAGCGACGACGGCUGGUUGCUGUGCUUGGCGCAAUCCUCAACGACCAGACCGAUUCCGAAGUGCUGUACCGUGCUUUGGUGGCGCUUGGAACCAUCUUGUCAACAUCCAAGGACGAAGCCAAAAGCCUAGGUAAUGCAGCAUGGAUAGAAGGCGCGGCGACCAAGAGCUCGGAAGACAGAAUCAAGGGAGUCGCGAGCGAGUGUUUGAAGGUAAUUCCGCGAUAG